CGUCGCCCCUUUGCCAUCACCACCACCAACCUGUCUACUUUGUUGUUAAGACUCUCAAAACAGCAGUAAUCUCACCGCUAAUAAUCACGCGUUCUUUAAAAACUUGGAAAUAAUGGACAAAUCACUUGACGAGGGCACUCGUCGUGGUACUGGUCGUCGCGGAGGUGCAGGAGCCAAGGCUCAACUUCUCGGAACUACUGGCGCCAACCCCGCCACCGCGCGGCCACUGCCGGCGCUAUUAAAGCCGCAGGCACCACAUCUGCGCAACCCGCCGAUAAAAUCAUUGGUGUCCCUGCGCGACGUCACUUUGCAUUAUGAUAGCGCUGGACCGGUUCACUUCCAACGCAAGGGCGAUGGUACUUUGGCCUACCAGCAAUAUAACAACCGAUUGAUCGAUGGGAAUCGAAAUCGUGGUCGACCCCCGCACGUCCUGCUCCGCCCGCUUCACUCGUGUCGCGCGUCCGCACCUGCCGCUUCUGCUCCUGCAGCUCCAGACGCUCGAAGUGCCAGGUGCGUACACUAAAGUUACUGGUUUCGUUGUCUUACCAAUUCAUAGGCCUGCAACGCGUGGCUCUCGCCGUGGAAGAGGCCGAGGAAGGAAGGGAAUGAAAGACCUCAGAAGAGCGUUGCUGAUCUUGAUGCAGAGAUGGAGGUUUGUUCUUGAACCUCGUCUCUGGAACAUCAUGUUCAUAUAGAUUUCUCAGGAUUACACUGCGAGCAAUAUCGUUGUUCCCGCCGCUGCUUAAAGUAGCUCGUACUGUGUAUCUGCUAAUGCUGACUGUCUGUUUUGUCCCCCUUUGAUACCGUUCCGAUUUAUUCUUAGUAGUCUGUCCUGUAUUCUACACGCUUGUUUUCCUGGGACUCGAAUUUCUAUUGAGUUAUGAGUCUCUUCA